CAUUCAUGGUCCCACACAAAUAACGCGCAAUAACAUGUAAACGAAAAGAAAUAAAGCGACUGCGUCAUUUGCAGUUUAAGUGUUGGCCUACUAGUGUUGCUAGAGAACCCUUUGAUUUCAUUUCUGACAUUCUGUAAGGAUGUCGUCCCCAAUUAAAGACCCAGAAAUUCCGUAUGUAGGUCGCAUUGAAGGAGGUUUUGAUGAAGGACACAUUGUGAGGAUACAAGGAUAUACUGCUCCUGUCGCAAAUCGUUUCAAUAUCAAUCUUCAAUGUGGCAGCUCGGAAGAAGCUGACAUUGCAGUUCAUUUAUCAGUAAGACUGCAGGAAGGCUACGUGGCAAGAAAUUCAUUUGAGAAUGGUGAUUGGGGUGAAGAACAAGGUGAUGGCGAGCUUAAAAUUGGCAUGGGACAAAAGUUUGAAGUACUUUUACUAAGUGCAUCGAAUGAUUACAAGGUUGCGAUCAAUGGACAGCACUUCUGUGAAUUCCCACAUAGAAUUCCACCAAGCAAGAUCACACAUUUGAAGAUCGAUGGUGAUGUGGCUAUAUCCUUGAUAUCUUAUGAAGGCGGCAUGGGUAAAUCGAGCUCAAGUCAAUCAAAUGCUUCAUAUGGUGAACAACAGCCAAAUUAUGGUGGAUAUGGACCACCUCCUCAAGCAGGUGGAUAUGGGGGAUGCGGUGCACCACAAGGAUAUGGACCACCUCCACCUGGGUACCAACCUUAUGGACCACAAGGUGGAUAUGGCGCGCCUCCACCACCAGGAUAUCAACAGAACCCUGGAAGUGGUCCACCUCCUGCUGGAGUAAACCUACCAUCAGCACCAUCUGCUCCCCCAAUUCAAGACGAUGAUAAACCACCAAGCAUUUAUCCAACUAUAAACGACCAACGACAAGGAGCUGUACCCGGAUAUCCUUCAUAUCCAACCAUACCAGGUGCUCCACCUCCAUCAAUAUACCCUACUCCUGGUCCACAAGGGUAUCCAGGGAUGUCACCUAGUCCUGGUUUUCGUCCACCUCCACCUGGUGGGUUUCCAUCUGCUCAAAAUAUUGGACCAUACCCAAGAAGUCCUUCUUAUCCUUCUUCUCCAUCUGGAUAUCCGCAAUAUCCUACAGCAUAUCAGGGAUACCCGAGGUACCCUGGAUAUCCUCAACCAAACCAAAAUUAUGGAACUUAUCAAGGAGGUGGAGGACCUGCAGCCAACAAUGCACCUGUACCUGAUGGUUACUACGUUUAUAAACCACAAGAUAAUUUCCGGAGUAGCAAUGAUUCGUCUGCGAUGGAUAAAGUUAAAAAGUACGGAUUGCCUAUUUUAGGAGCUGGGGUAGCAACGUAUGCAUUAUCAAAACUAACCGAUAAUUUCGGCCUGGGAGAUUCUGAUUCCGAUUAAACAUUCCAAAAGUUAAAUUAUUAUAUUAUAUGUAAAAAUAGUGCACAUAACCUCAACUAUAGACUAUUAUUCUCGUUUAUAUUAUAAAUAAACAGUUACACAUGUUAA